AUGGAUGAAUAAAGCCUUUAUUGUACGGACCGCCAGUUGGGCCAAACUCCUGCACGGGCACGGAAAAAGUUUGCGAGUUUGGAGAAACUUCCUCUUUUGCUUGGAAGUCAGCAGCCAUGACAUAAAAGCCACUUUUGAAACGUGCCCGGGGGAGAGAACUUCCAAUAGUCUUCCACUCGCAGCGAUCAACUGGUCUGGGAGGAGUCUCACCGGUGGGAAAGCCCUGCCUCGCAGGAGUCGCCCCGCCGCUUCCUCCUCCGUUUAUUGUGGCAGCGGCUGCUGCAGGGUCACAAACCGCCCGGACGACACUGAACCCGGGCCUGGAGUCCGCGCACAGUCCGCUCUGUUUGCCGAUCAGCGGUGGAGGGUGCACGCAGCUGGAGACGGGGGGGAGGUUUGGGUGGAGUUUUUCUGUCCGAUCCGAGGAAUGUGACGCGAGGACGGGAAGGAGACGCACAUCAACGGUUUCACCGGGAGGAGAUAAAGCCGUCGGUGCACAGAGAAAAAGAGAGGAGGCGAGUUCAGCAGCGAAGUGAGGAGAAUGCAAACCCUCCAGCAUGCAGCUGUCAGGACCACAUCAAACAUCGCUCAGUGGGUGCUCUGGUUGGCUCAGUGAUGGUUCAUAAUAUGUUUAAAUUCCUCCUUCCUCACCUUUUCUUACUCCUGAGACUUAACCUUUGACUUGACCCCCUCCAACCAUGCCGCACCGGUCUCAGAGUUCAUCGAUAGGCGAUAACCCUCUCGACCCAAAUUACCUUCCUCCGCACUACCGUGAGGAGUAUCGUCUAGCUAUUGAUGCUCUGAUAGAAAACGACACUCAGGGCUACUAUGAAUUCCUCCAGAAGGCAGAUGUGGCCAGUUUUCUGGCACAGCCAGAAAUUGAACACAUCAAGUCUACAAUCCAGGGGCCUAGCCAGCCCACCGGCGUCCUAGAGCUGACCUACCACGAGGGAGGCCUCGAGGCCGAUGGGUCUUCAGACACCUACUGGCCAGUUCAGUCAGACCUGGCUGCCCCGGGGCUGGACCUGGGCUGGCCGCAGCACAGUUUCGUUGAUCCCACAGAGGUCACCACUCUAGUCAACCCCUCUGAUCCUGACAUGCCGAGCAUAAAGGAGCAGGCGAGGAGACUCAUCAAGAACGCACGCCAAGUUAUUGCUGUGGUGAUGGACAUGUUCACAGAUAUUGACAUCUUUAGUGACCUCUUGGACGCCGCAGCACGACACGUUCCUGUUUAUAUUUUACUGGAUCAGCUGGAGGCUCAUCACUUUGUCUCUAUGGUCCUCAACUGCAAAGUCAACCUGGAGUUUAAUCCGAUGAUACGUGUCCGGACCGUGGCGGGAAUACCUUAUUACACCCGGACAGGGAAAUCAUUUAAGGGGCAGGUGAAAGAUCGUUUCCUAUUGGCUGACUGCAGAGCUGUACUCAGUGGGAACUACAGUUUCAUGUGGUCCUAUGAGAAGAUCCACCGCUGCAUCGCCCACCUCUUCCUUGGGGAGCUCGUUGCCACCUUCGAUGAAGAGUUUCGCAUUCUCUACGCUCAGUCAGAGCCUCUGGUCAUUGACCCAAACAAUACAGCGCUUACUGUCUCUGAUCCCAGCAGCACCGGCAACUAUUUAGGCAGCCAGUUUGGAUUAAAGAGGUCCCAGUCUUUGCGUAACCCAGUAGGUUACAGAAGGCAGCCUGAGAUUCCCCCUGCCUUCCCCUAUGGUGACUCUGAUCGUAACCCCAUGCUUCCUUUCCGGAGAAAUGAGGCGUUUCGUCAAACCCUGGAGCCCGGGUCAGGAAUUACUAUCGGAAAGUAUUCACAGCAGCAGUUUCGUCUUCAGCAGUCAUUCCUGGAACAGGGGCGGUCCAUCGUGUCCAGGCAGAUGGAGAUGAGCGCCAGUGCCUUCAAGAGGCACAGCUAUGCAGAAGGAACCCAGGAAACCUACGCAUCUUCAAGACAGUUUAUGCAGCACAGAGUCAUGAACAAUCUGGACGAGACAGACUUCCACAGAGAACAGAUUCAAAGCAGCCAUUUCUACAGUGAAGGUCCCGGGCCAGGUUCUGGCCACGGACACUUCGACAGACUUCGAGGCCGUCCUCCGCACCUCUCCAUUGACCAGUAUUCAGACUCAAGUUAUCGCUCAGACCAGGAGCCUCCACCCGGGCAGUAUGGCAGAGACUACUUUUCAUCUGAGGACCUGAGAGGACCCGAGGGCCUCAACGCCCCUCCGUUAGCUGGGAGGUAUGGGGGAGGAUCCUCCCAUAAGAGGCCAACCAUAGGACAGGCAUAUGCUUGUCAGAGCUCACCAACACACCCCCACCCACCUGAGAAGAAACACUUUAACAAACAAUUUGAUCAAGAGCAUGAGGAGGACUCAAGUGUAAAGCAAGGUCUAAGAAGCUGGAGAAUCCACUCCUAUCUAAGUACUUAUGAGGACACUGGAGAAGAAGGCCUGGCUCAGCCUAUGGGUUCUGAUGCUUUUGAUGAACCUCCUCAAGCUGUGCAACCAACUGAAACUGAAAGUUCAGCUCCACGCUAUGGAAUAAAAGAGCCACCAAAUGUUCCUCCCAAGCCCAGACCUGAUAUCCUGAGGCCACGCUUUGGAAAGCCUAAACUACCUGAGAGCAGCAAUAAAGACUCUGGCCUACCAACGUCCAAGGAUCUACUUCCUUCCCGCCUUGUACUGGACAGAAAAGAGAGGGAGGAGGAGAAGGAAAGAGAGACAGAGAGGAGUACAGCAAGGGAGGGGAGCGCAGAUGCGGAGGCGAAAGGUGGUCAAGAACUCCUUCUAUCCAAACACGAGUCAUUCCGGACGCGUAUUAACCCGCUCCUUCAGCGCAGCUCUCGGCUGCGCUCCUCACUUAUAUUCUCAUCUUCUAAGGCAGAGAUACACAGUGGUAGCUUAGGUCUAAAACCAGCGACGGAAGAAGAUGAGGAGUUAGAUUCAGUGCGCACUUCAUCCAUUGUGGCCCAGAUGCUAGAAAAGAGGAGGUCAUUAUCUCGUGAGCCUUUUGAUUGGCGAAGGAAGACCGAGGAGAGGAAGGAGAAAGAAGAAAAACAGGAGAAGCAAGAGGAAAAGGAGAUACGGUUAAAAGAUGAGAUUAAACCUAAAGAGGAACCUAAAGAAACUAAUGAAAAAGUAAAGACAACAUUUACGUUUGAAAAACCUAAAGUCACAGAUUCAUCAUCUCUGAACAUGAAUGAUCCGGCCAGCCGAUUGCAGUACUUCAAAGACUUAGCUGCCAAGACAAAAGUCUCGAAAACAGAGACAGAGCCAUCGCUAAAAGCCUUAGAGCCCGCUGAAAAAAAGCAAGAUCUUUCUGAUAAACCUCCCAACAUUACAACAACUUUCAAGAUCCCAGCUGUCACACUCAGUACAGCAGAGCCUGAGCAGACAAAGCCAGACAUCUCAGCAAAACUGGCUGAGCUCAAUACUCGCAGACCUUCAGUCAGUUCAUCAAGGCCACCACUAAUCUUUCCCAAGCCUUUUACAAGCUCACAGAAGCCUUCAGAGAUAGUGCAGUCUCAGAAAGAGGAGAAUGCAUCAGAAGGUCAAAAGAAAGAUCUAUUCAAGUCUCUAAAGCCUCUGGCUUCACCUAAGAUCUUCAAGAAGGAGCCGGUGAAACUUAAAGGGCUAAAUUCUCGUCGCAUCUCCUGUGGGGAGGAAAUUUUGACCACAGACGCUACAGACGCAGAGAAGACUGAAAUGAAAAAGAGUCGCUCUCACAGUUCUUCAACUCUGUCACAUGAAGACUCUAAGGAAGGGCUCCAAAAGGUUAUGGGCUCUACCACGUCCAUCAAUACAAUUGGCGAGGGAAAGGGUGAGGGUAAGCCACUCGACUUCCUAAAGAAGCAGACUCAGAGGCUAAAGGGAUUCCUGGGACCCAAGGACAAAGAAAAGAAAACCUCGGGAGAGGAUAGGGGCAUGAGCACGGUCAUAGAGGUCACUGACAAUUCGAGCAAAAAACAGAGCUCAUCGUCUAAAGAUACAGCGUCUACAACUACUGAUCAAUCCACCACCAAUCAUAAAACAUCAACAACCGGAACAUCCGUCACGUCCCGAUACCAGCCCGCGGGCGGCUCUGUUCUGUACAGCAGCAACUUACGAGACGACACCAAAGUCAUUCUGGAGCAAAUCUCCGCCAACAGCCAAAAGAACCGCCAGGAGCGGGAAGAGACGGGAGGAAACAAAGAUGGAGAUGCUGGAGAUAAAGGAACGGAGAAGCAGAACUCCUUAAAAAAGAACCGAUUUCUGCGACCGCAGGGCAACAACCAGGAGCGGGAGGGACUGCUGAGGAGGAUAGAGAGCCUGAGGAAGGAGAAGAAGGUCUACAGCCGUUUUGAGGUAGUCUAUCACAGUAAGGGAGAUGUUUGCAGCGUAGAUGGGAAAGCAAUAUGAGGAAAAACAACAAAAAAAUAUGUUUAGGUGUAAACCACCAAGAGGGGAGGGAAAGGAAUCCAAGAGGGAAACCAGGGUUUUAGCUUAAAAAUGAUAUAUUUUGAAAUGGUCUACAUAGCUACAGAAAUGUUUGAAAAUAGUCUUUGUUGUCAAAAAAUAGCACAUGAAUGUUAUAAAUUAGCUUUUGAGCAGUGACUGGCUAAAUGUGAUUGUCUUAUAUGUACAGUAAGAGACUGGCAAAACCACAGUUCAUCACUGUUAUGGAUUUUUUAUGCUACUUUAAAGAGAAUCUGCUUUCAGAAAAAAUAAUUAACUGAUUAAGCUGAAGAAAUGCAAGCGUGAUUAAGGCGCAAAGAGCACGGUACGUCCUGCUGAAGGCCAGCGAGGGGGAAAGGCAGGAGGUAAAGAGAUUUGACUGUUAUCCCUGUUGUUCUGUUAACAGAUGGGGAAUAACCUGGGAUAACGAAAGAUGGAGGAGCGACCUUUUACAUGGAAACUUAUUUAAUGCAAGACUAUCAAAAAACCUCCACUGUCCACGUUUGUGCCAACGACACUGUGAGAGUUCCUCUGGGCCUUAACACUACAGCAUUUUCUGGAUUUUUCACAAGAAGUAAUAAAACUUGAAAGGACGACUUAUAAAAUGGUGAAAACAAACUAAAGUCAUUCAGUCUGGAAUUUUCCUUUUUGCCAAGACCUUGUUCUAUUUUUUUUUUCCUUAUAUGGUGACUGAGAGAAACAAGACUCUACUUGGAUACUGGCUUGAUGGGCCGGUACGUGUCUCAAAAAAAAAAAAAAAAAGGUAGCACAGGUUUACCUGUAAAUGAGCUUUUGUGAACAGGACUAAAAGACGAAAAGGGAAACGUUGCAUCUGAGAAGCAAAACCAUAUAAUGUGCCAGUCACAAAACACGGCACAUGUGUAGUACCAGUGUUGUGUGCAGGCCACUUUGUAGCUGGAGCUUGCUUGAAACUGAAUGGGAGAAAGUGUCUUUGUGGAUUCACCAUGUGCCAGUGGCCCAUCGAGGGUUUUGCCAAAGUUCUGGUGGGGGGUCAUUAUUAUCAUUAUUAUUAUUGUUAUUAUUAUUAACCCGGACAAAUAACCAAAACAUAGGAAUAAAAAGACAGCUGAUGAAGAGUAAAGGGUAGAGAAGAGUGAGAUCAGAGGGUAGAGUCAGUGAGACUUUAUAGAGUGUGAAAAGUGUGGGAGGAAAAAACUGAAUCAGAAGGUUAAAAUGUUGGGGCACUACAGUUUGGAUGGAUGGUAGCGGCUGUGGUGAACUUAACACACUCGACUUCUUUCUAACAAGUCAUACACCCACUUCUCAGGGUUGAAACUAAAUAAAUAACAAUUCCUAGGAGACCUAGACGCUUCCAUGGAAAGAGGAGUGGUGUUUA